UGGCUGUUUAGCAGGGACACUAUUUAAUGUAACACCAACACAAACUUUUGGUGCCAUGCUUAAAGCUGUCCGGUGGUCUGAGUGGACUAGACAUGGAAGGUAGACAAGGUAGAAGCAGAGGUGGUGGCAGUUGGAAAAGAGGUGGCCAUGGUGGAAACGACGGCGAUAGGUUUGGCGGUGAUCGCAGAGGCAGAGGAGGUCACUACCGCGGGCGUGGAAAAAGAGAUCACGGCCGUGGUCGCGGACGUACGGGAGAUGCACACGCAACGGAAUUCCUGCACCGGAACCAAGUUGAAGAGGGUGACUUUCAUGAAGAGGGUCAAAAUCUAGUUUUCUCAAGGAGGAAACUGGAGUCAAACUGGGACCGUUAUGAAGACUCGGAGAAGGAGGAAACCCCCGAGGACAUCCCAACUAUCAGGGGAACUGAUUACCACGUCCUUCUGGGUUCCGCAGGAGAUUGCUUCACUCAAUUCCGCUUUUCUGAAGAGAGAGACUGGGAGAAGGAAACCUUUUCAUCUAGUCAGAUGUCUACUAUGUUUGUGGACCUCCAAGCAUUGGCCCAGAGCCUUGAACAAGUGCCUCUUCACCAGAGACUCAACUUGGAAGCUGAGCUAGUUCAGGUUUCGACGCCAGUGAACCUGCCCGCAAUAAUUGCAGCCCCUAAACAGGAGAUGCCGAAGCUGUCCUCGUUCACUUCUCCGUCAGUAGCUUCAAAAGUCCCCAGCACCACUCCUAAUAUCACCAAGACGUUAAGCCUCGCUGCCAGCUCUGACUUUCAGCCUCCCUCGAGUGCCGUAACCCCCUCGACGGACGACGUGGAUGAAGAGCUGGACCAGCUGCUCACUUUAGCGAAACCACUGUGUCCUAUCUCAAGAGGCCAGUCUGUCAGCGUUGAGAGCACUGGUGUGCUGAAAGAGUUCGACACAGCUACGGAAGUGCCAAUAAAAGAGGAGGCCCAAGACGACCAAGUUGCACCUACUGAGUCUGCUUCUGUCAGGAAGGAAAUGACUGAGGAGGAUCUGGAGGACUGGUUGGAUAGCAUGAUCUCUUGACCGUCACGUGGAUUAGGGCAAAAACGAGAGAUUUCCAGGUACACAAGAGUGAAGUCCUGUUCACAGUCUGUGUCAGAUCAAAGGAAGUCACCAGACAAGGUAUUAGCCCAACUGGUCUUCGUAUUGCUUCCGGAAACAGUCUCCGGUCGGGAAGAAAUCCCAGCAUCUCUCCUGGUACAACUUCCAGACGUACGACUCCUGGAGGUAAAAGGACGGAUGCAAUUUUUAGCGAGCUUUAGCAUUUGCUUCUGCAACUGUGUAGAAUGUUGAUAUGUUAAUAAAAUACAGUUAUAUAUGUGGCUCAGUUAUUCACCCAAAGGAUUAGUCUAUUAAUUAUCUCAUUUGAUUUUGCUUUACUUCACCCAAAAGAGAAUGUAAUGCAAAUAAUGUUUAAAAGUACUGAACACGAAGAUUAUGCUUUUACUUGUUAUUCAUUCAUUCAUUCAUUCAUACGGUAUAUGAUUUAGAUUUGUUUAUUGUAUGCUUAUUUUAUUUUUUGAAAGUCAAGAAUUUUCUUAAACCGCCUACGUGGUAAUUUUCUGCUAUAAGGAACUUUACCAGAUGGAGGUCUAAAAAUCUCACUUUUGUUCUUCUUGGGGAGAACACUAAAAUUGCGAUCCCUCUGAUAUUCGUGGACUGAUCAUAAUGACAUUGGGUAGGUAUAUUCUAGUAUUGUAAAUGCAUUGAUCCCUGGAGCUAGAUUAGAAUUCUUUUUGUCUCUGCUGAUUAAUUGCGGACUUAAAAGGUGCACAAUGUAAGAUUUGCACUUCAAUUAUCCAUGGAGUGGCGAUAAUAUUUGAAUAGACAUUAAAGAAACAUGUUUUUGGGAAAUUCUUCUAAAACAGAUGUCAAUGGUAAAGCAGAUUUUUUCCCAUUUUAAAAGACUAUUUACGCGUUGCAAAUUUGUUCCCGUUUUGCUUCCGUGUUCAUCAUCAGCCAAUCACGAGACCAGUUUCCAGUCUUCGUCCAGGUUGCCACAGCGCUCUACGCCCUGUAAACUAAGGCUGCGCCAACUUUGACAAACUGUCUGAAUUAUGUCUACCACUCAAGCAAAAAAAAAAAAACAUUACCAAUCUCAAAGGAUUCAAGACAACGAGAGAAGCAAAACAAUGAUAUGCUUUCAUUUGGCGUGGUUGUGCAACGGUAUUUAGCAUGUGGAUCCAUUGACUGGUGUUCUGCCAGUGCUAUGUUAAUGGGCAAACUGGGGCAAAGAUAAUAAUAAUACAUUUGGUAACACUUUAUAGUAACUAUCUGUUUUACUAGUUAACAGAUCAUUAGUAAACUGCUGAUAAAUGAUUUUUUGUUGAUUUGUGAAGUAUUUGUUAACAGUUUGUUAAGCAUUUACAGGGUGUUCUUAACCUGAAACAGUGUGUGUAACAUUUGUCAUUUCAUCUUUUCAGGUUAAGAAAUGGCAUUUUGAUAAGGCAUUUUGCAGGCAGCGCUCAUGUUGCACAUUUAUGAAAAUCUGCCAUAGAACCAACAAAUAUUUGUACUUUUCUUUGUAUAUUUAACCAAUAAAACUUAUGACCUUCAACAUAAAGUGUAUAUAGUUUUAUUAAGAUCCAUCAACUAGCAUGGGCAUUUAGAAUGGGGUCAACCAUAUUGGAACACCCUGUAAAUGCUUAACAAACUGUU